AUGAAACACAUCAGCGGUGUGGUCCAACAACAUUCAUCUUUUGCUGAAAAGGAUGGGACCACAUCAAGAAAAAGAAAAUCCUCUGCUGAAGAGGUGCCUGGUGGGAAAAAGACAAGACUCUCCCAGACCAGCAGCAGCCAAGAACCAAGACAACUUGACUCUGAGUCUGACAGCGAAUGUGACAGUUCUUCAGAGGCCGGAAGUUCUUCCCAAGAAAAAAGCUCUUGUCCACGGAAAAGUUGGAAGAGCCAGUCUUCAUGCGAUGCUCUGCUUGAAGUAAAGUACAAGAAAGAAGGCCUGCUGGGAGAAGGAGGCUAUGGAUCAGUUUAUGCUGGCUAUCGCAUUUCUGAUGGGUUACCAGUAGCAAUCAAAUACAUCCCAUCUGAGAACGUGAUUAGAGAUCUGGCUGAUGAUGGGAAGCAGCUCCCCACUGAGGUAGCCAUCAUGCUAAAAGCAGCUGAUGGAAGAAAUGAACCUGUGGGAACCUCAGCCUCUGUCUCCCUGCUGGAUUUCUACGACCUGGAAGACGACUUAAUCCUGGUUUUAGAGAGACCAAACCCUGUUGAGAGUCUCUUUGAAUACUCACUAGACAAAGACAACUUAGAGGAGAAAGACACCAAGAUCAUUAUGAAACAGAUAGUCCAAGGUUUGAAAGAGCUUGAAGAAAAGAACAUCUUUCAUCGGGACAUCAAGUUGGAGAACAUUUUAAUAGAGACUGGCUCUGACGUCCCACGAGCACGCCUUAUUGAUUUUGGAAUGAGCUCUUUCACAGAGAGGGACACAGUUCAUGAGAUGGACUAUGGUGAGUGA